AAAAGCCGCGUGGCCGCUGCAAUUGCUAUUGCCUCCAUUUCUCACUUCCAAGCAAAGCUCGCGAUCUCUCUCUCAUGGACUCUCUAUUAGCCAACUACGCCUCCGACGACGACGAAGAAGAGCAUCACCAACAACCGCCGCCGCACCCACCGUCGUCUAUUAGCAACCCCCCGAGAUCCGAGUUUUCAGAAACUUCCACCUUCAGAAGCUCAUCUUUCUCCUCGUCUCUUCCCCCGCCUAAAUCCUCCUCCCUCUUCCAAUCCCUACCCCAUCCCAAACAAUCAUCCAAGCCUUCUCUGCCCGCUGGUUUCUUCGACGGUGGUAAGAACGAAGACCUAGAAGAAGAAGAUUCCUCCUCUGUGUCGAAAUUUGGUGCCGCUUCAAUUAAACCUUCCUCUCUAUUCUCUUCCCUUCCACGGCCCAAGGGGAACCCUACGAACUCUUCGACUUCCGGUUCAAGUUCUCGAUUUGAUGGUGAUGGUGAUAGUGACGGGAAUCUCACGAAAUCAGUGUCUAUGUUUUCUUCCCUUCCACAACCUAACUCACAGAAAUUGCAGGAGCCUAAAUCGAAUCCUUCUUCCUCGUUGUCCCAGCCGAAAAGGGUCGUCCUAUUUAAGCCCCCCGUUAACUCUUCUUUGAUGAAAUUGGGUGAAGAGGACGACGACGAUGAUGAUGAAGAAGAAGAAGAAAUAAGGCGCCGGAAGGCAUCCCAGUCGUCGUUCCAAACCCCUUCUGUGACGUCGUUCUUGUCAAGCAUUCCAGCGCCGAAGAACUCGGCAACGUUGGGAGUUGCUUCGAGCUUAGGUUCAGGGCGGAGGUCGAUUAUCGAAACGGAGGUUUCGUCUUCUGAUGGUUUUAACGUAGUGAAUGAUUCGGGCAGCACUCAAAAUAUUGAUCACAGUACCGAACACUACGAUAGUUUUGUAAAUUACAGUUCAGGUGUUGAGCAGAACGUUGCUAAUCAUAGGGAGAGCUAUGAGAAUGCUGCAACCUACAAUUUCGGUACAGAACAGAAUGCAUGGAAUCACGCAAGCUAUGAUAGUUAUGGGAAUUACCAUUACAGCGUCGAUCAAAAUGUUGCUGGUGAACCACAGUCCGCCUCUACUGCAAGUAAUGCUGGUGACCAUGGAGGCUAUGAGAGUUAUGGUAACUAUGGUGAUCACAUGCAAUACGGUAGUGAAGCUUCCGGCCAGCCCACAAUUGGGGACACUGAAAAUGCUGUUAGAAUACCUGAGAAGAGAAGAAGAAAUGAAGUUCCAUUAGAAAUAGUUGAGGUGAAGCAGGAUGAAUUGAUUAAGAAUCGGCCGAGGCAGGACCAGGUCAAGUUAACUGGAAUCGCUUUUGGUCCUUCUUACCAGCCUGCCUCAGCAAAGGGGAAGCCUUCAAAGUUGCACAAGAGAAAGCACCAAAUUACUUCGUUGUAUUAUGAUAUGAAGCAGAAAGAGACAGAACUAGCAGAGAGGCGUGCUAGAGGUCUACUAACAAAGGCUGAAACACAAGGAAAGUAUGGCUGGUGACCCCUUCACUACAGUUGUAUGUAAGUCAUGUGCUUCACACAGGUGGCAUGCUAAAAUUCUUAAACAUGCAUGGUUUAUAUACGCAAAUGUACACUUUAUUGGUCUUAGUGCAAUUGUGUAACUUGAAUGGUUCAUUGUAUCUUUUUGCCACACGGUUUCUUCUAUGUUUAAGAAUGAUGGAUUUCAACACCUUCAUUGAAAUACAACGCUCAUCUUGGAGGUUACGUUUUAAGCUUUGUUAGUUCUCUGUCUUUGAGUUAUAGGACAUCUGUGGUGUAGUAAACUUGAGAAUGCUGGUUAAUGUUGAUAGUGGCGGUCUAAACGACUUGAAGGACAUGUGGAUUAUUUUUUGUUGAGAUAAUGAUCUUUCUGGUCA